UGCUAACAUGUUAUGAUGUUCUGCUGUGCUGUAUUCGCCAGCUCCUUCCCAAACAGGACGUCCUGAAGAGAAUGUCGGCCCUGAAGAUCAAAAGGUAUCGUCAGCCCAAACCGUGGUGUGACCCGUCCCAGCCGUUAGAGACGGACAACUGUGCGGUCUGUCUGGAGCCUUUCAACAACAACCAGUGUCUGCGGGUGCUGCCGUGUCUUCAUGAGUACCACAGAGAUUGUGUCGACCCCUGGCUGCUGCUGCAGCACACCUGUCCGCUGUGCAAACGCAGCAUCCUCAGCAGCGUCUUCAAAGACAGUUAAAGGUCACCACAGCCUCUGGGAAUCAAGUCUCGUCUUUUCCUCUGUGACGCUCCAGUAGCCCUUUUUUUGUUUGUUGUUUUUUUUAAACUUACCUCAUGCCUCCUCCUUCCAGCAGACUGUGGGAUAAGAUAUAAGCUUCUCACAGCAGCUGGCCGGCCAUCUGGACUGUGAAGCAGUCAGAUUUGACGUCUGACAUUCGGGGUGUUUUCAGCAGGACAUAUGGUGGUAGUAUAAACACAAUACUAUGAAGUAUUGUACCAGUACUGUUGUGUGUGAACAGUACUUCUUCCUGGGAUCAUGUUACUGUACAAUUUGACUGCGACUUGGGAGGUUGUUUGUGGUCAAUGCAACUCUCCACACAAACAACAUCUGCUCUGUUUGUGCUGAGCAACAAUACAUUUGGCUUUUCAUCAGUAAACACUGAUAACCUGAGCGAGUAUUCGCGGUUCAGUUGUUUC